AUGGCGCGCCUGAACGAGCCGCCUGUCGCUCCUGCACCAAACAAUGCGACUGUGACUGGCACUGCCGCCACUGGGACAGAAUCUCUUGACGCUCUGAAACGCAGAUUCAUCCGACAGAACCGCGAGCUCGCCAAGAACAACUCGUCGCAGUCUUUGCGCAUACGGAGCUUGGAAUUGGAGGUGUCGAAACUGUUGGGCGACAACUUAGAUCUAAGAGAACAGGUGCUCAGCUUGCAGAAUGAGGUACACAGUGCGCGGAGGCAGGCUGGGAGUGAGGCGAUGCGGAGGAUGAAGAGUGAUUUACAGAUGAAGCUUGCCGAGCUGUCGGGACUUGUCGAGGGCUUCGGUGCUGAGGAGGAGGAUGAGAGGCCGGUUGUGCAGAAAGAGAGAAUACUCAGUCCCAGCCAGAGGCAAUAUCGCGAGAGACAGCCUCUGGCAGAGCUGAUGCAGGAUGCGGUCAUGCCGACCAUAGUCGAGGACAAGCACUUUCCACGACGGACGUUGGAUCCAGAGGAGAUUCGAUCCAUCAGGUUGAGCGACCAGAGUGCAUCAACCGGCAGUCCUGAUCUUGGUCCGCCUCCAGUUGCACAUUUCGAAUUCGGAAGCAGCCAGGAGACAAACUCGCAAGAAGAUGUUGCACGAUCACCACUUCAGGAUCCGAGGACUGUUGACGAGCAAGAAGAGCUGCUGCCCUCUAUCAAUCUAGAAACCAGACGGAAACGAAAAAGCACAUCAAAGAUCGAGAUCAGGCGACACUCGAUACUCGCUCAGUCCCCAGUCAAGGAAGGCACCGAUGCUGCGACUACUAUGCUCAGAACAGGUGCAAAGCGGAAGCUGGGUGAUCGAGAGACAGAUAAGCCAUUCAAGCCACCAAGUAGUGAUGACUUCACCUUCAGCCGGCGAGCGUCCGCUGUGCAGCCAUCAUCAGACGAAGAAAAGGCGCCAUCAAAGGAGGAUAAGCCGGUCGAGGAGACAUUGGUCGAAAUUGCCAAACCGACGAGAAGAGUGUUGGGUGAGAAGAGUGUGAACAUGUCGCCACGAAAAGCAGAAGUCCGCGCCGGCAAGCCUUUGAGGGAUGAUCUGAAGAAAGUCGCGCCUCCCAAGCUGAAAAGCAGUAAAGACUCAUCCAGCGCUGAACGACCUCCCGCUCGCGGUAGAAGGGUAUCAUCCAUACCUCUACCAUCUCCACAGGACGACGUACCGGCCACCAUUGAGCUUCCCCCUCCCGAAGCCUCGACAGCAGAGCAACUUAUGACUGAUACACCGGCUGCACAUGACCUCUUCUCGCCAACUUCCGAGGCUUCUGCAAAAGAGGGUGCGCGCGAUACACCCCCUCCAGAAAAUCUGAGCUCCGCCAUCAACACGACUGAAGGUGGUCCACGACCAUCAAGACGAGCCAGGCCGGCCUUGAGCUACAAAGAACCAAGCUUGGCGGCCAAGAUGAGACGUCCCGGCAAGGAAAUGGUGGAUGCAAUCAGCGGACUGCAGGACCCAAGACGUGUUAUGAGCUUGUCGCAUAGGUCUUCCUCCGGUCCCCUGAGCACAUCCGAGAUUCUCAUCAAGACCGAACCAGAGGAUGACGACGCAGCGUGGAAGACGAUACCCACAGCAAAUGGUAGCACUGAGCCAGCAAGUCCACUUCGCGAGAAGAGCACGAACGAUCACCUUGUGCCGGCCACAGACGCUAAGGAAGAACGCAUCAGCACCAACAGGCCUUCACAGUCUGCCUCUGUCCUUUCCUCUGUGACGGCAACGAGUCGAAAUAGACGAGAGCAGCUCGAUCGCAGAGAAUCACAGCCUUUCGGACCGAAUGUGGACGCAGCCCAGACCACGAAGACGUCGAGAAGAACUAGCCCCGAAGCCACGAAAGACAGCCCGGACGUGGAAGCUACUGCCAAGAAGCUUGAAGAGCUGGACAUAUAUGACUUCAAGGACUCAUCGAGUCCUGCGACGGAUACUAGCACGACGACUUCUUCCACGAGCACUUCUGGCAGGAAGGGUAGCAGGCGGCACUCUUCUGUGCCUAAGCAGGCUGAGGUGCUUGUUGUACCUGCUGCGGCUCCGAUUGCGACGCCAGGGGAGAGAGUGUCCAGUCGGAGGAGGAGUAUGAUGCUGUAG